AUGGUUAACUUUAACCCCUUCGCUCAACGCGAAUCUCACCACCACAAUGCUCUGAUCACGUAUCAGGUGCUAUCAGUUCUGUCUUGGGCUCUGGUCCUUGUCGUUGGCAUCUACUAUUCCAUCCACAAGCCUGAUGAUGUGGAACAUGGACACAAUAUCUGGAAGCAAGCAAACAGGCACCCGACACCAUUCUCGCAAAACACAACCAUCACUGGGAUUUACUGGAUCCUGCUGCUCUUAUCUCAAGUGAGCUACAUCUGGCACUUCUUCUCCAACAACACCACCCUAGUCACCAGCGCCGCCAAUGUAGCCUCUCACUUCAUCCUCAACAAUCUCCUAAUCUUUGCAUUCAUCAUGCUCUGGGUCCGCAACUGCUUCUGGGUAGCCGAAGUCAUCCUUAUUAUCCACGUCAUCAGCCAGGCUUCUGCAUACUGGACUCACCGCGAAUCUCCACCUUUUGUGCACUGGCCUGCCAUUGCAGGACCAUAUGCAUGGUCGCUUACGGCUCUGUUCUGGAAUGGAGCUGUCGCCGUACAUGCUAAUGGCUUGCCCGCAAGAAUAGUGGCCAAUGUCUUCAUUUGGGUGAUAUUUUUGAUUGGCUUCGUUCACAUCUUUGCCGCCAAGGAUUACAUCUUCGGUUACUCAUUAUCUAUUUUGACUCUUUCCCUCGCUGUCAAACAAAUUGCCAUCAAGGUUAUUGCUCUCCAAUGGAUCUUUGCCUUUGUCAUUUUCGCGGUCUUUCUCGUCGGCUCGCUAUACGUCUCUUCCGCUGCUUAUACAGGACGAGACCUCUGGCUCAAGCGUGUUGUGGCACCUGACUCGACGACUGAUCGCGAACGAGAGCCGUUGCUCAACAACCCUUGA